AUGAAGGGGCCGGCGCGAAUCGGAGGGGGGAAAAUGAUCCGUCUUGUGGGCAGGACUGUCGGGGCGGGGAUGGGCGGGGUGCAGGAGGCAGUCUCAACUGCCGCUGGCGCUGCGUGCGGCCCCGCGAGGCACGCGAAGCCGAUUAGCGUCGUCUCGGUCUCGUCUUCCUCAUCCUCGAGUUCCUCUUCAUUCACCGCUUCUCUGACCGAGACGACCAGCUGGGAGCAGUCGCACUCUUACUUCUGCGAAGGGGACGGAUGGGAGCCCAUCGGAGAGGAAGAUAUUGCCGGGGCGGGCGACCAAAUCUUCCCUGGGCGUUUCGUCUUCGGACCGCCGCCGUCUAGGGAGGAGGUGGUCGAUGCCGUCUCCACCAUCCAGCAGUAAGUUCCCAAGCCCUCGUUCACAAGAAUCCACUUUAAAUUGUUACUCGAGCUUGUGGAUCAAGGGCGUCUCCUCAGAUUUCUUGUAUAUUUCUGUUUCGUGUUGUGAUUUUCAUGAACUUUGUGAUCGUAUUCCUUUCUAAACUUUUCGAAUAUCACUGCUAAGAAAUCGUAGUUUGUUUGAAGACAAGGUCUCGUCGUUGAUCCCCUGUUCCUCGCAUCUUACCGUCCUGUGCCUUUGAGGCUUCUCUGUUUGAGCAUCUGGCUGUUGAUCGAGCAGGGACUAAGGCCACAACCUCACAAUAUCCGCAGGGAAGAUCACAUUUAAUAAUUAUGUAGUUAUUGUCGUUGGCAGCCCUCGAGGAACCAUAAAAAAACAGAAAUAUAGUCAUACAUUUUGACAAUGUAAGAACGAAUUGUUAUUCAUUUCGGGUUUCGUUGAUUCUCCUUGCUUCCUUGUGUCAUUUGUGUCGUUAUUGACCAGUGUUAUUUACUAAUCUCAGUGAUUUAGCUCAUCGCAUAGCAUUGAUCUUCCCCAUACGAUAUUUGGUGGACAUUUUUAACGAUUUAAUUUUUUCUACUAUAUCCCUUAAUUAAGUGUGAGUGAUAAUUCUGCUGAGACAGAAUAAUUUAUGCAGACCUUAUUCCUCAUUUUUCCCUAGCAUUCUCAUUGUCAUACCUCGUCAUCAAGUAUCAGGCUUUAACACUGGGUAGAUGAUUCAAGGCCGAAAGGAAACAAUUUAGGGACUUUGCCCAAGUGGGUCUCCCAACCAUACAUCUUCCCUUCUGCCCUUUUCCUUUCUGGCUUUAUUCACGCUGAAUCUUAUUGUUUCCUAAUUAAUAUGGUUCUGGUGCCCCAAAUGUAGGACAUUCGCCACAUUUGCUUCCCCACAGGACGUCGAAGAUGGGUUUUCCUCUACGGUGGCUGAGAGUGUAAAAGACAAAGCUCUGAUAAUGGAUUCAGUGCACCUAGUUUCUUCUUCUGAGUCUGAAUCAGAUUGGAUCGAGCCCACUCUUCACCUCUGCAGUCGCACCAGUGUGGACUCCCGAGUGCAUGAGAAAGUCGUUGAUGCUUUCAGAUUAUUGCAGACGAAUCCUUCUAUCAAGGUUAUUUUUAUUCUUUUAGUUAUUUUUGCAUAGGGUCGAAGGGAAUUGAUAAAUAGAUAGAAAAUUAUUGGAUCUGGGACCGAAAUCAUGAUAAAAAAAUUAAUGAUUCAUGAUCUGAACUUCAUGAUGGAUGAAGCAUGCAAGACCCCAUUCAAGCCCUUUAUCUGACCUCUCUUUCUUCAUUCGUGGAAGCAUGAUUUCACUUGAUAUAUGCUUCUCAUUCGUUUUAAUACAGCUGCUAUGACUUUAAUGAACGCAGAGGACAGUUGUCUCAUUGUCAUCAGACAAAGCCGUGUGGGAGGCAGUCAUGAAAAACGAGGCCGUGCAAGAAUUGAGGGAGUCCUUCCGUGCAGGUCUUUCCACCACUACAUUUUAUCUCCAUGAUUCCGAUAAUUUAUCUCAAGCGCGUCAAUUUAAUCGAUCUCGAAUCAUAAUCCCAUCCGAUCUUCUGUAAUAUAUUAGCCGUUUGUUAAUUCUGGACGAGAUGAGCAAGAUAAUCUCUCUCUUUUUCCCUUUUUUUCUGAGAGUUCUUGUUUCAUACAGCUGAGCAUGCUGGGUCCCCCUCCGAUGAGCAGAAUCUUCCGGCGAAGAUUCUCAGGAUCUUCCAGGGUACCACGGGAAGGAUGAUGGAGUUGGUCGAGAAGAUCGCCAAGAUCAUUGGCGGUCUCUUCUCCGUCCCGGAAAAGGUCAAGAAGGUGGAUCUUUUCGAGGAUGCGCUGAGAUCUUCCUUCAUGCUCUCGGUCGUCGUCUUUAUAGUCGUUAUAUUAUCUCGCGCCCUCAGAGCUUAA